AUGUUUCAAUUUCAUGGUGAAUGUCGUCGAAAAUUUGGUAUGGACCUUGGUGAACAAGUUUGGGAAGAAAUAAAUCGAUGCUUUGAUGCAAUGCCUAUAUGUGCACUUGUUGAUAAUCGUAUUUUAUGUGUUCACGGUGGUAUACCAUCAUUAGAUAUAAAAAAUGAUUUUUUUAAAUUAGUUUCACAAAUUCCAUGUCCAUUACGUGAUCCAGAAAAUGAAUCACCACUUGCUUGGGAACUUCUCUGGAAUGAUCCAUUAUCAAAUGAAAUAAAUGAUUUAGAAAAUAUCAAUAAUGAAUUUAUUUCAAAUGUUCGUCGUGGAACAGGAUUUUUCUUUUCAUCAAAAGCAUUAAAUGAUUUUCUUCAGCAAAAUUCAUUAUCUUAUGUUGUACGUGCACAUGAAGUUCAACAACAAGGUUUUAAAGUUCAACUUAAUGGUCGUUUACUAACAGUAUUUUCAUCUAGUCAUUAUUGUGGUGGUGAAAAUGAAGCGGCAACAGUUUUAUGUGAUUCAAAUAAACUUCGAUUGAUUCGAUUGGAUACAAGCAGUUAA